CCCGGCUCCGGGCUGCGCUGCCGCCUCUGCCGCCGCCAUGAACAUCUUCCGCCUCACCGGGGACUUGUCCCACCUGGCGGCCAUCAUCAUCCUGCUGCUCAAGAUCUGGAAGAGCCGCUCCUGCGCGGGUAUUUCUGGGAAAAGCCAGCUUCUGUUUGCACUGGUCUUCACUACCCGUUAUCUGGACCUCUUCACUUCAUUCAUUUCAUUGUAUAACACAUCUAUGAAGCUUAUCUACAUUGCUUGCUCGUAUGCCACUGUGUAUCUGAUCUACAUGAAAUUCAAGGCUACCUAUGAUGGAAACCAUGAUACAUUCAGAGUGGAGUUUCUGAUAGUUCCUGUUGGUGGACUCUCAUUUCUUGUCAAUCAUGACUUCUCUCCUCUGGAGAUACUGUGGACCUUCUCCAUCUAUCUUGAAUCAGUUGCUAUUCUCCCUCAACUUUUUAUGAUCAGCAAAACUGGUGAAGCAGAGACGAUCACUACUCACUAUCUUUUCUUCUUGGGUCUGUACCGUGCCUUGUACUUAGUCAACUGGAUUUGGCGCUACUAUUUUGAGGGAUUUUUUGACCUCAUAGCUGUUGUUGCUGGUGUGGUCCAGACCGUUCUUUACUGUGACUUCUUCUAUUUGUAUGUUACAAAAGUACUCAAGGGAAAGAAGCUCAGUUUGCCAGCGUAAGUGCCAAAAAAACCAUCACCAGCAUCUGUCCUUUUGGAUGCUUGGACAGAACAAUCCUUAUCACAAGCAAAGGCGAAGAUGCUUGAGACAGAAAGUCAGAAACACAGCUCUUUAUAGUGCAGGUAGUCAUCAGCGGCUCUGUAAGAACGGAGGAAAAACAACCAGCAGAUUUCUGUUUGAUGCAUCUU